UCCUGGAAGCGGCCAAGGGGGGAAGCGGCGAGUCAACAUGGAGCUUUCAGCGGUGGGGGAGCGGGUGUUCGCGGCCGAAGCCCUCCUGAAGCGGCGCAUACGGAAAGGACGCAUGGAAUACCUCGUGAAAUGGAAGGGCUGGUCGCAGAAGUACAGCACAUGGGAGCCUGAAGAAAAUAUUCUGGAUGCUCGUCUGCUCGCAGCCUUUGAGGAAAGGGAGCGAGAGAUGGAGCUGUACGGCCCCAAAAAGCGAGGACCCAAACCCAAAACCUUCCUUCUCAAGGCACAGGCCAAAGCAAAGGCCAAAACUUAUGAGUUCCGAAGUGACUCGGCCCGAGGCAUCAGGAUCCCCUAUCCCGGCCGCUCGCCCCAGGACCUGGCCUCCACUUCUCGGGCCCGAGAGGGCCUUCGGAACAUGGGUCUGUCCCCACCAGGCAGCAGCAGCAGCACCAGCAGCACCUGCCGAGUGGAGCCCCCUCGAGACCGGGAGCGGGAACGAGAACGAGAGAGGGAGAGGGAGAGAGAAAGGGAGAGAGAGAGGGAGCGAGAGCGGGGUACCAGCCGUGUGGAUGACAAGCCCAGCUCACCGGGGGACAGCUCCAAGAAGCGAGGCCCCAAGCCCCGGAAAGAGCUCCUGGACCCCUCACAGAGGCCCUUGGGAGAACCCAGCGACGGCCUCGGAGAUUACCUCAAGGGCAGGAAGCUUGAAGAGGCCCCUUCUGGGGCAGGAAAGUUCCCCGCCGGCCACAGCGUGAUCCAGCUGGCCCGAAGACAGGACUCAGACCUGGUGCAGUGUGGUGUGACCAGCCCUAGCUCAGCCGAGGCCACGGGCAGACUGGCUGUGGACACCUUCCCGGCCAGGGUCAUAAAGCACAGGGCCACCUUCCUGGAGGCCAAAGGCCAGGGUGCGCUGGACCCUGGUGGCCACCGGGUCCGGCAUGGCUCAGGCACCCCCAGCUCUGUGGGCGGCCUGUAUCGGGACAUGGGGGCUCAGGGCGGAAGGCCGUCCCUCAUCGCCAGGAUCCCAGUGGCCAGAAUCCUGGGGGACCCGGAGGAGGAGUCCUGGAGCCCCUCCCUGACUAACCUGGAAAAGGUGGUGGUUACCGAUGUGACCUCAAACUUUUUGACCGUCACCAUUAAGGAAAGUAACACGGACCAAGGCUUUUUUAAAGAGAAAAGAUGAAUUGCAGGGGAGGGGGUGAGCCUGGGAUGAGAGCAGGCGAGGGAGUGAGUGCAGACUUGGCAUAGUGCUUUUAAUUUCUGGGUGGGAUGUGGCCUUUUGGCUGGUCCUGUCCCUAACUUUACACCCGUGAGGCCCUUUUCAUUCCUCUUUCCUCUCCCUCAGUUUGGUUGGAAAGAUUAUCU